AUGGCAGACCAGAACGAGAAAAUUCUUCAUCGCCUACUGCACCACGAGGUUAACAGCAUUUGUGCGGACUGCGAUGCGAAAAAUCUGGAAUGGGCAUCUUACAAUAUUGGUAUAUUUCUGUGCACGCGCUGCUGUGCAGUCCACCGUAGCAUGGGCGCACACAUAUCCAAAGUAAAGCACCUAAAGCUGGACAAGUGGGAGGACAGCCAGAUCCAGCGAAUGAUCGAGGUGGGCAACAAAUCCGCCAAGUUGAAAUACGAAAAUCGUGUGCCGGCCUGUUACCGGAGACCGACAGAAAAUGACCCACAGGUGCUGAUUGAACAGUGGAUUCGGGCAAAGUACGAGCGCCUAGAGUUCUGUAUGAUCGAACGACCGAGCUACACCUCGGGCCGGAUGGAGGGCUUCCUAAUGAAACGCGGCAAGGAGGACAGCCGCUACCAGCCUCGCAAAUUUGUGCUCUCGGGGCUGCAGGACACGUUGCGCUACUAUGUUAAGGAAAAACGUGAACCAAAGGCCAUCCUGCGAAUAUCGGAACUGAACGUGGUGUACGCACCGUCGAAAAUUGGCAAUCCAAACUCGCUGCAGCUAACGUUCAUGAAGGAUGGCUCCACCCGCCACAUCUACGUGUACCACGACGAUCCGGAAGUGAUCAACAACUGGUACAUGGCGAUACGAUGUGCUAAACUGCACCGCCUCCAGGUCGCGUUCCCAGGCGCCUCCGAGAGUGAUCUUGUCGACUCGUUAACGCACGAUUUCACACGUGAAGGCUGGCUACUGAAGACGGGACCGCGGGCAACCGACAGCUACAAGCGCCGGUGGUUUACGCUGGACGAUCGCAAGCUGAUGUACCACGACGAUCAGCUCGAUGCGCACCCGAAAGGCGAGAUCUUUCUCGGCAACCAGCUCGAUGGUUACAGCGUCCGGAUAGGGGCGCCACCCGGUGCCAAAGAUCAGGGUUUCAGCUUUACGCUAUUCACGCCGGAACGCGUGUACAACAUGUCGUCGCACAGUGAGCAGGAUCGCGACGAAUGGAUCGCAGCUAUACAGAAUGUGCUGGAACGUCCGCUCAGUCCUCAGGACAACUCAAUAUCUGCACGAUUAAUACGCAAACGUGGGUGCUCCAACCCAAAGAGUAUCUUUACGGGGCGGUAA